CACGUCUGUUGUUUCAGAUGACGCUGGGAAGUAGGCCGCACACGCGUACCAGGAACCUUCUCUGACGAUUUCUGUGGAUCAAGGUCGUCGAUUUCUCCUCAAUCGCACCAAAAUACGGGAUUGCCCUCUCCCGUCCCCCUUACCCCCCCUUCUUAGACAGCAUGGCUCAGGAGACAAAUCAGACACAGGUGCCAAUGCUUUGUACUAUGGGAUGCGGUUUCUAUGGUAACCCUCGCACCAACGGAAUGUGCUCUGUCUGCUACAAGGAACAUCUGCAGAGACAACAAGGAGGGGGGCGAAGCAGCCCCCCAGGUGAGAAAGCUGCCACAUCACCUGUAGGUUCCCCAGGCGCAUCUGCAGUGUCUGUGGAGUCCGCCCCUGUACCCACCUCAGAAGCAGUCACCCCACCUGAAGAACGUACGUCUAGCAGUUCGCCCAGCCCUGUAACCCAACAAAUGACUGCUAUGAGCAUCUCACAGGACACUGGAACCACUGAUUCAGAUAGAGCAGAAGUGGAGGAGGAGGAGGAUGAGGAGGAAGAUGAUGAGGGCUCGUCUAUAAGCACAGGGCCAGUAGGGGAGGCUGCACAGACUUCUUCAGACGGAGAUCAGACUCCUGACAAGAACAAAAAGAAGAAUCGAUGCUUCACUUGUAGGAAAAAAGUUGGCCUCACAGGCUUCGACUGUCGCUGUGGUAACCUGUUUUGUGCUAUCCACCGUUACUCUGACAAACAUGACUGUCCCUACGACUACCGAGGAGCUGCUGCCGCUCGCAUCCGCAAGGAGAACCCCAUUGUGGUAGCUGAGAAGAUUCAGAAGUUAUGAGGACUGACGGCUAAGAGCAAAAUUCUUUGACCUGCAAGUUUUGGAACCAUGGCGCUGAAUAACACCAUUCUAAAAUGGGUUCAUUUGUUCAAUGUAGGAUAAGGUGGGUGGGGUGAUGGGGGUACUGCCCCUGCUUGGCCAUUCCCUAAACCAUCAUCUCCCUGUCUCUCCUGGAAGGACGUGUGUGUGUGUGUGUGUGUGUGUGUGUGUGUGUGUGUGUGUGUGUGUGUGUGUGUGUGUUUCUUUAGAGAGCCAGGGAGAAGAGGGAUUGGUUGUCAAGUGUGAAUCCAUGUGAACUGGGGGGAGGGUGGACACUAGUUUUUACCCUGGCAUUGAUUUUGUUAGGAUAUUAACAUUAUUUUUUUAUAGGAAAUUGGGAUGUGGGGUCAGGAGAAUGGAGGAUUUGAUUCAGGGGUGGGGGGCAUUGAGAGAAUGGGAAUUUCUCUGAUAUUGCGAAUUGUUUCUGAAGAAUCUAGAUUUUAAUGACUACUCCCACAUUUACCCAUGUUCAAUUUUUAUUUUCUGUGUUAUUGUUUUUCUUUAUUCUGAUUAAUUACCCCUGACAUGUCAAAUCCCAACCUGUACAUUUUCAAAUAUGCCUCUUUUAUAUACUGACUUAUCAUGAUAACGUUGGGUGCAUGAAUAGUUAUUGGAUGUGUUUUGAAGGGGUAGUGGGGAGGGGUGUAGCCAGAGAUUUGACAUAAGCGUGUGACUGAGUUUUUUUUGUCUUUCCUUUUCUGUUUUAAUGAGUGUAUGGCAUCAAAAGAUCUAUAUUAAUAUAUUGUACGUAGCUUGAAUUGUGUGAUUGCAGUCUAUUUAUUUUUUUUAUUAUCAUUUGGCUGGUACUGGAGGAUUGGAAGCAUGUGUCCAAAAAAAAAAAAAAAAGCUAAAAAAAUGUAUUUGUAUUAAAUCCCUUAAAUAUAUGUAAAAAAUUAUCUCUAAUUAUGUAUCAAUUUAAAGCAUAAUAAGUUCUGAUGUUAGACAGAGUAGAGUCUCCAAAAACAAAUGGACAGGAUUGGGCUGAAAAAUUAUCGGUCAAUUCAGAAUCAAAGCACAACGAAAGGAAUUUCUUAAGUAUUCUCGCACAAGUGCAGCAGCAUAGAAUCUUUGGAGCUGUAUGGAACAACAGCGAUGCGCAUACAGCAAUUAAAUAUUAACUCUUUUGACCUUUGCCCUCAGAGUCACAGAGCUUUGAGAAGCUAUGUAUUUGUUAUUAACCACCAGCAGACAAAUGAAUGAAUGAUGGCUAACAGGACUAGUGAUGUAUUACAUAACACUUUUCCGUUUUGUGAGCACUGCUUUGCUUAAUGAUGUCACAGUGGAAGAUGCAGAUAUUCACCAAACAGACAAGCCUUGCAUGCUUGCACGGAUAAUAGGUAAAAUGCAAAAUUCAUCAGCCACAUUUUAGAUUGUAACUUUGAUCUGAACAAGAAUGUAAAAAAAUUGUAAUCCCAUUGUUACAAUGCAUGGACAAAUGGAGCCGGAAUCACUGAUAUUCAAAUUAAAAGGUUUCUACUGUCUUCGCUAAUGUAAAUAAGUGGCUACCAUUCAUAUUGAAUUAUUCUUAAUAGAAUGUUGCAGUGUUCUGAGAGGAGGGGAAAGGUUAAGCAGAAUUUUUUUUUUUUUGAAUUUUUUUUUUUUUUUUUUGGUAUGUAUUGUUUAUUAACCCAUAUGUAAGGAGAAAGGUGCAGUGUGUUCUCUGUAAUCCUUUGAGUGAGGCCUGUGUCUUUUGUGCUGGCUGUGUUUGUGAUAUUAAUUACUUUGUAAAAGGGCUGAAACUACCAUGUGGGACAUUUUGUAUCCGUCUUUCACUUCAAGCAAGGUAGCCUGAAAAAGUCUUUGUGCAAAUUUUCCCAUGACUCAUAACAAUUCCCUGACUAACAAGGCAGAAUCUCAAAUACAACCUAAUUUUCUAUGUGACUCUUGGUGGAUGUAACCGAUUUGAUUGAAAUCUGUCAACAAACUGAUACCUAGCAAUGUGAUUUGAAGUCCUGGCCUGAGCAAAUUCAAUGACCUUGCUGCUUUAAGAAAAUAACCCAAGCUUUAAUUAGCACCAUCUGUGAUUGGAGCAUUAUCCUUAGUGGUGCUGGCAGUCAAGAGAGGCAGGUGUGAAAGCAGCUCUCUGAAAGAAGCUCAGAAAGCUUGCAUGCUCCCACACCAUGGUUGCUGAGCCUGAUAUGAGCCAGCAUCUUGACAGCCGUUUAAUGAGGGUUUGGAACUCACUCUUUCUGUCUGCAUUGUUCUUUUAUGCUUGAGGAUUUACUGUAUGCCCUAUACAUCUCCCAGUGCAUACAAGUCUUAUCAGACUGUACAAAAAAACGCCUUUUUGUAUUUUGAUACAGACGUGGUAAAACGCAUUAUCUAUGUAUGUUUGGCUCAAGUUACAAUGCCACAGCUUGAGACUGAGUACACCAAAAAUGUGUGAACAUUGCCAAUUAGUUGGUAAUGUUAAUCAUGCCUAAACAUAUUAAGCUCCAGUGCAGGAAAAAGCCAGCUGGGCCACAGUUCCACACCUCUAAUAUUGCCAUCAGUGUCUUUUUAGAUCACUGGCACUGUAUGUCGAGCUAAUAGGGUUACCUCUUCUACAAUAGCAACAAUUCAUGGGCAUUAUUGCAUGUUAAAGAGACAAACAGCAGAGCAAAUUCUACAUAACUUCAUGAUAGCAAAGGUUUUGAGGUUUUAUUCUCUCCUAGUUUAUCAGAACAUUCAGAUGUUAGUUUCAGCUCAGGCAUGUUGAGCAUUACGUUAACCAGCAUUCAUGGAUUAAUUUGCCAGCAUGCCCAGUCCCCCAGAGACACCACAAGAUACCUUUUUUUUCCCCCAUUCAAAUUUAGGAUUGUAUGAUGUGUAUGAGUAAGUAUAAAACGAAUAAAAUC